UCGUACUACGAGGGAGUAUGCGAGAUCGGGUGAAACGACUAAGUGUUUCAGGUGAAUACAUGUUGUACGCUGCGUCGACGUUGAUGAGAGCGUUGGAGGAGAAGAUUACUUUGUCGUUGCGCAUGAUGGCAUCGUUGAUCGGAAUGACGACGUUGACUAAAAGUCACAUCGAGUUGAACAAUACUACGAUUCACUGGUUAAAGCGAAUAAGACCGAUAUUCGAGUACAACAGCGCUUUGUACGAGCAAACGAAAUACGAGCUGGAAGAGGUGCUUCAUAAAAAGGUGGAAUCUCUGAACGCGGAAGUCGAGAGCAUGUUCCCUAGGUGAAUCAUUACGAUAAAUGGAAUAUACGGAACGACAUACGGAUAGACGCAUUCAA